GCAGUGACGCAGCCAGCAUCCGGUGCGUCAUCUCCUAGCGACUGCAGACUUGGCGCCAAGUAGUUGGGAGUUUUUAUUAUUUUGCUGAUAACAAACUGUGAGGUUUCCUUGUGGAAUUAUCUCCAACAUGGAUAUAAGGCGGUUCUUUGGACCGACAUCAGGGAAACCUGCGGUGCAGAAACCAGCGCCAAACACCAAAGCAGAGGAGAAGAAGAACCUCAACUCCUCUGAUGUGAAAAGAACCAAGGUCAAAAGCUCCAAAACAGAGGAGCGACGCAAAGACAGUGAGAAAAAGCGCAAGAAGUAUUCUGUCAUAGCAUCAGAUUCAGAAGAAGAGGAGAAACCUGCAACAAAGUCUAAGAAAUCUUCUAAAUCGACGAGCAGCAAAGCAGAGCCUCUUCCUAAAAAAGACCCAGUGCAGUACGUCUCUGAAACAGACUCGGACAGCGACAACUUUCAGUCGCUGAAGAAAGGAGCCAAACCCAAACAGAACGGUUCUCCUAAAAGCAAUAAGGCGGACGCAGAACGUUCUCGCUCAGGAUCCAAAGCCUCUCCUGUCACAGGAAAAUCUGGGCUAAAGAGUCCCACAACCCCCAAGUCUGUUGCACCACCUCCACCCAAACUAACUCCUACCUCAGUGGCGGAUUAUUUCGGCGGUGCUGCUAUUCAUCGCUCAGAAAAGAAGCUGGUAGCCAGCGCCAAGAGAAAAGCUCCAACACAAGACUUUGAGGAUCUGAUAAGUGAUGAGGAAAUCGCCCGACAGUUGCAGGUGGAAGAAGAGAUGGAGCUGGAAAAACAAGUCCAUGAGGAUGAGGAGUUUGCCAGGACGCUCGCCUUGAUGGACUCGGAGCCGCAGGCCAAGAAGGCUCGUAAAAACGCGGAUGAAAAACAAAGCACAACUCCCAAAAAGAGUGUUGGCGAUGCUGCUGCAGAGGCGAGCAGCGUGACGAAGGUCAGGCGCAGCACCUCUGAAAACGUGAUCAGUCCAUCGCCCAGGAAGGUACAAGCCCCAGUCAAAACCAGCUCUAAACUAUCCACGAUGAAGAGAAAGGAGGAGGAAAAGAGUGCAGGACCGAGGAGCAAAACAGCCAACUCCCCCUCUAAAAUGAAAUUCUCACCUAAGAAGGAGCUGCUUGGCUCUUCAAGCACAGGCGAGAAGUUCACACCUAAAGCUGGAACCACGCCCACAGCACUUAAGACGUCUCCCAAGAAACCAGAGAGCACCAGUACAAGUCCUGAUGACUCCGAGAAGAAGAAAGCCCACACUUUGGCGUUCAAGAAUUUCCUCAACAGAGACGGACCUCGCGCUCUGGGGUCAAAGGAAAUCCCAAAGGGGGCAGAAAACUGUCUGGAGGGCUGCAUGUUCGUCCUGACAGGAGUCCUGGAGUCCAUGGAAAGAGAAGAUGCCAAAUCUCUUAUUGAGCGCUAUGGAGGCAAGGUGACGGGCAACGUCAGCAAGAAAACCACGUACCUGGUGCAGGGCAGGGACAGCGGAGUGUCCAAGCUGGAGAAGGCGGAGAGUUUAGGCACCCAGAUUCUGGAUGAGGAUGGUCUGCUGGAGCUGAUCAGAACCAAACCAGGAAAGAAGUCUGUGUACGAGAUUGCAGCAGAAGCAGAGUGCAAAGCCACAAAGACCAAGACCCCCCCUAGCCAGGCCUCAAAGAACACCCCCAAAACUCAGAAGAUCUCCCCCUCUAAAGGUAACUCCAGGUCUCCUCACACCCCAAGCCCAUCAAAGACGGGUCGGGCUCAGAGGAGCAGUGAAGGCAGCACCCCCCCAGGCAGAGGCGCCGCUCACACAGCCCGCAGGGAGCUCGGCCUCUCCCCCUCCACCUCCUCUUCAGCUCCAAAAGUGGCGUCGUCAUCAGGGACAGCGGAGGGGCCUAGCCUUCUGUGGGUGGACAAGUACCGGCCACAGUCUUUGAAGGCUGUGAUUGGCCAGCAGGGGGAGCAGAGCUGUGCCAACAAGCUGCUCCGCUGGCUCCAGAACUGGUACAAAAACCACAGCGGUGGAGCUGGAAAACCAGCAGCUGCAAAGUUCAGUAAAUUUGGCAAAGAUGACGGCUCAACAUACAAAGCUGCUCUGCUCUCUGGUCCUCCGGGGGUGGGCAAGACCACCACAGCUGCCCUGGUCUGCGAGGAGUUGGGCUUCAGCUACGUGGAGAUGAACGCCAGCUGCACCCGCAGCAAAAACAGCCUGAAGGAGGUCGUGUCCGAGUCACUCAACAACACCAGCAUCGAGGACUUCUACAAGGGAACCUCUCAGACAGUGAGCAGCAGACACGUCCUCAUCAUGGAUGAGGUUGACGGCAUGGCCGGUAACGAAGACCGCGGAGGAAUGCAGGAGUUAAUCGGCCUGAUAAGGACUUCAAAGAUUCCCAUCAUCUGCAUGUGCAACGACCGGAAUCACCCUAAGAUCAGGUCACUGUCCAACUACUGCUUUGAUCUGCGAUUCCAGAGGCCGCGAGUGGAGCAGAUCAAGGGCGCCAUGAUGUCGAUCGCUUACAAGGAGGGGGUGAAGAUCCCGCCCCCGGCUCUGAAUGAAAUCAUUUUGGCCUCCAAUCAGGAUGUCCGACAGGUGAUUCAUAACCUGAGCAUGUGGUCAGCCAAAGACAAAGUCAUGACAUAUGACCAGUGCAAGUCCGACGCAGCCAGGGCCCGCAAGGACAUGAAGCUGGGGCCCUUCGAUGUCUGCAGGAAGGUUUUCACCCGUGGAGAAGAAACGGAUCACAUGAGCCUCAUCGACAAGUCUGAUCUCUUUUUCCACGACUACUCGCUGGCGCCGCUUUUUGUUCAGGAGAACUACGUGAACGUCCGUCCCGCUGCAGCUGGUGGCGACAUGAAGUCUCACCUGGUGCUGCUCAGCAAGACGGCAGACUCCAUCUCUGAUGGGGAUCUGGUGGACAGGAAGAUCCGCUCGGGGCAAAACUGGUCACUACUGCCGACACAGGCCAUCUACGCCAGUGUGUUACCAGGCGAGCUAAUGAGGGGCUACAUGACUCACUUCCCGGUCUUUCCUAGCUGGCUCGGCAAAAACUCCUCCACCAGCAAACAUUCUCGCAUCAUGCAGGAGCUCAGCUCUCACAUGAGUUUAAAAACGAUGGGCAGCAGGCAGGCAUUGAACCUGGACUAUCUGCCCUUCCUGCGCCUGGCGCUGUUGGCUCCACUUCAGAGGCUCGGAGCCGAGGGAGCCGGUCAAGCCGUGAAGCUUCUGGAUGACUACCAGCUGGUGAAGGACGACGUGGACAGCAUCAUGGAGGUCAGCGUCUGGGGAGGAAGACCUGACCCCUUCUCCAAGCUGGACUCAAAGGUGAAGGCAGCUUUCACGCGGGCGUACAACAAGGAGGUUCACCUGACGCCGUACUCUCUGCAAACUGUGAAGAAGGGUCGGCGUGGCGGCGGGGAAACGGAUUUGGGGGGAGAAGAAAUGGAUCAAGACGGUCAAGAGUCGGAAGACGAAGGGCUCAAGACCGAUGCCAUGAUCAAACAGAAGAAGACCAAAACCACUAAAGAGUCCAAAACCCAGAAGGAAGAUUCUGGAAAAGGCAAAGGCAAGGGCAAAGGAAAAGGAAAGGCUAAGAAAUGACCCUUUGUAGGAGAGUGAACUCCUCUGAUCCUCCUUCAUGGACAAUUGUUCCUCUGCACCUUUAAUAAAAACCACAAAGAACAAAACUGACCCUAAACUCAGCAGCUAUUCAGAACAAUGACUUCAGAAGCAUUUUUCACCAUUUCUUUUUUUUAAUUUUAAACCUGAGACGUCUCUAUAAUAAGUAGGCGAUCCGCUCAUCAUCAUGUCUGCGCAGCUGCAGUUAUCUGUCCUAUCAGGAGCCUUUCUGCUGUCGUUCCGUUUGCAUUCCUGCUGUCUGCAUGUAAAUAAUGAAGACUGUUCACUUUCACUCCAAACAUGUCUGACCUUUGUAGAAGCAACAGUUACCUGUAAAUUAAAAUUUUUUUGUAAGAAUAACUUUCUGCACAUUAA